GAAGUUAAUUUGUAUGUUUGUGUAAGCUUGUACUUGGAAUCACUCACAUUACUCAGUCCUGACAGGCACGCUUAAAAAAAUCCUCUACUACCCCCGAUUUGCUGGUCUUCACCCCGUUGAUCAAUUUUCCCGGUCAGCCCUGGUGCAAAAUCAAAGCAUACAACCUGAUUUGUUAUUACACCCACUACCACAAUUUAUUUUUCAGACACAUACCUCCUGCAAGUGAAUUUCGCCAUCCGGGAAAACAAGCAAUGGGAGUCCACAGCGCCCUUACCUGUCCAUUUGUCAAGUUACGGAAAAUACUUUUUAUGAUGGUUAUUUCUGUUGGAAUGACCUUAAUUUACCUUGUUCAAAACAAAGAAACUGUGAUUCCCAGUUAUAGAUCACAUGUGAAUUUUUGGAAGGGAAAUAAAGACACUUUGCGGAAUAUAAUGACCACUCCAAAGUUAGAUGUGAAAAUCUGCCCUGCAAUGUCUCCUCACCUGAAGGGCGCUAUGAAGAUUACCUUUGAGCCUGCACUAACUCUAGAGCAAGUCCAGUCUAAGAACCCUUCAGUGAAAGAAGGUCUAUACCACCCGACCACAUGCCAGUCGCAGCAAAAAGUGGCCAUAAUAAUUCCGUUCAGAAACAGAGAAAGGCACCUUGUCUAUUUGCUCAAUCACCUUCACCCGUUCUUGCAGAGACAACAGAUAGAGUAUGGAAUAUACGUCGUACACCAGGCUGGGAACGAAAAGUUUAAUCGAGCCAAGUUGAUGAAUGUUGGAUAUUUGGAGGCAUUAAAGGAAAUGGAAUGGGACUGCUUUAUAUUCCACGACGUGGACCUUCUCCCAGAAAAUGAUUUAAACCUGUAUCUCUGCGACACUGAACCCAAGCAGCUUGUGGUUGGAAGAAACACCACUAACUACAAGGUUUUAUUACAAAAAAUGACGAUUGUUCAGCCUCCUUUGGAAAUAGCCAAAUAUACCAUGAUAUUCCACUCACGAGACAAGGGCAACGAAGUAAACAAUAAGAGAAUGCAGCAAUUGAAGAGUGUUUCCAAGGUCUACAAGACAGAUGGACUGAAUUCCUGCUUCUACAAACUGCUGUCGAUAGAACACAACCCUCUGUACAUUAAUAUUACAGUGGACAUUGGAGGACCAAACUCCAGUCCCUUAAGGACCUCAUGGGCCUGGAGCUGAAAGUGGUUAUCAUGCCGGGAGUGAACUGGAGCCUCACAUUGUAGGUAGUCAAACCGUUUUCUAAUGGUUUGAUUAUUUCCCUGGGUUCACCAGGCACAGCCCUCUGACUCCACUAACUCAACCACAAAGCUGAAUACUCUUGCUGAGGAGCUCCCAUUAGCUCUCCUGGCCAGUAUUUGAGGCUGUGUGGCCGAUGCCGGUCUUGCAAGCAAUGUAGCAAUGUAGCAGACAGUAUUUCUGUAUGGUGGAGCAUUGAGGCAGUAUUUCCCAGAUCUGCAAAUAUGUAUUUCUCCCCAGAUACAUACUUGCAGAUCUGGGAGAUACUCUCAGACCUAUGUUUAGCUCUGCCCUUCCUCUACUCAAACUCAGUGCACAAUGAAGAGUGCUAUUUAGCUCUGUGAGUGUGGCGUGGCUGGCUGCAUUCCAAGCAGUGAAAUGGUUAAAAGAGAGAGCAGCUUUUUUACAACUCUCAGUCUGCAGGUUUUUACCCCAGCCCCCCUCCACAAACGGACACAGAGAAAUAAACUUCUGAGUAAGCAGCCAGAUCUCUCUGCUGGGAGGAUUUGUAGAGGGAAGGCAGACCUGCUCAGUGAUGAAGAUGGGGACACUUAGGAACAAAAUAAAAAAUGUAUUUAAACAUACAGCAGCAUUUACUUCUA